ACAACGGAACGCCUUGACCGAGAUGCCCCGAAUGAGCGUUAUUGGAGAGAGAGAAGGCGGGACUUUAUGUUAUAUUAAUUAAGCGGUGAGGGAGGGACUUCCAAUUGAGGCUUAUGCAUUUCCGUAACACGUUUAUGAUAUUAAUAUGUUAUUUUCACUGUCGUUUUUAUUCUCGCUCAGGGGACGAUAAACAGGUUAGAGGAAGUAUGAGACCGGAAAUUGCGUUGUGGUAGACCGGGAAAAUCAGGAUCCUCUCUCAGCCUACUUUGAAGGUUGACUAGUUUGUUGUGUUCUGGUCCGUGACCCUUGAAACUAUUAAUACAAUGAAUAAUAAAUGUCCUGUAAUAGUAGAUAAUAUCCCGAAAUAAUGACACUUACCUGUAGCUGUCUAUCAAUCUAGAGCUGAUUGUAAAAUAUAUAUAUAUAUAUAUAUAACAUGAAGGACAACCUUAUCUAGGCGCUGUAAUGUUGACAAGAUAUCUUAUCUAUUAGCACAUUUUAAAGGCUUAAACACCUGUCAGAGUGAAAUGAUACGGAUUCCGAAUAGAAACCGUGUUUAAUGUGAAUAAAAAAAAAAAAGUCUGUUUGGCACUUGUUCCACCUGCUGUGGAGACUUUUUAAGGAUCAACCAUUUGUCUGAAACUUCCUAAAAAAGUGUUUUAAUAAGAAUUGCUCCUCAUACAUUCAUGUUCAUACCCAUAAAAUAAAUAUUGUGGUUUUAAAAUGCUUAUUUUCCUUGAAAUGUAAUACCUGUCUGGCUCCUCAUCUGGCGCUUAAAACGUAGUAUAUAGUGGGCCUAUUGUAGUAAGCAAUCAGAAAUGUGUGGCCAUUUAGUCAAUGUUAACGAAACAUGACCUAAAAUAGUACAUUUUAUUUGAACACACAGCAGACUAUCAACCUGGUUUGGGCUGGCUCUGUUCCCCUAUUGUCCGCUAGGUGGCGUCCGCGCCUCACUCCGUCCUGUAGUUCUUCACCUUCACCUGCUUGCUGCGGUCUGUCGUGGUGUUAUACUUGAACAAUUAUAAACCCCGCCACAGGGGGACAAACAUGGCUGGAGCCGAGUGCAGAGGAACAGUCAAGAACCUGCAGGACCAGGAAGGCAACAGGAACUGGAACCACAAUCAAGGAGAUUUCCUUUCCUCUCAGAGCGGCCCAGGGCACAAUGAAGCCCCGCCCACCUCACCGCAGGAAGCAGGAAGUCAACUGGUGGUCAUCCCCGGAAACAACAAAACCGCUGUCGGGGAAAAACUGGAGACAGUUCGCAAGUGGACCAUCACUACGUAUAUGUGCACUAGGCAGACUCUCUCAGAGAGGCUGGGGACUGGGUCUCGGACCGUGGACCUAGAGCUGGAGCCCCAGCUGGAGGACCUGAGUGUUGACCAGCAGCGCUACAGUCACCUGACCAAGCUGGCAGACACCCUGGCAAAUCAAAUGGUUAAGUUUUCCGUGACUCAGAAGUCCCUGGGAGAUGCCCUCGCUGAACUCAGCGUGAAGUCACCCGCACUGCAUGUUGAGUUUGGCGUGAACGCCGACGUGCUGCACUUCCUGUCCAAGCGAGGAGAGGAGCAGGCGGCGGCCGUGGGCUCCUUCAGCGCAGAGAUCGACACCCUGGUGAGCAGAACCAUCGAGGACACCAUGGUGAACGUCAAGCAGUACCACAGCCACAGGGUGGAGUACGAUGCAUACCGCUGUGACCUGGAGGAGCUCAACUUGGGCCCACGGGAUGUCACCUCUCGGACCAAACUGGAGCAGGCGGAGAGAAACGUACAGGACCAGCGGAGGAGGUACCUCAAGAGCCGAGACGACCUGUCCACAAAGCUACGUCUGCUGGAGGAGAACAAGGUGAAGGUUCUGCAGCGCCAGCUCUUGCUGCUCCAGGCUGCCGGGGCCUCCCACAACCUCUCCUGCCACCAGCACCUCCAGGACAAGCUGCAGGAGAGGAGCCAGCAGCUAGAUCCCUCCUCAGCCCUGAACCCCCUGUCCUGGCUGGAGACAAGCUGACACAACACACACUAAACCUGUGAUCGUCUAAUUGCACUUACCAAACUGACCCCUGUUACUGAGAACUGUUACACAAUUUAAAGUGUGUGAGUGACAAAGCCCAGAGCUGCCGUGUAUUGAAUAACUAACAGAUUUUUCAUGUUACCAUGACAACUGUCACCUGUUCCUCCUCCUACGUCUGCCUAGCAACCAGCCCUCUAAUGUACAUCUGCUGUAAUCUAGCAACUGGACAUCUGCUGUAACCUAGCAACAAUCCCUCCACUGUAACCUAGCAACCACCCUUCUGCUGUAACCUAGCAGCAACCCUUCUGCUGUCACCUAGCAGCCACCCCACUAUUUUAACGUAGCAACCACCCCUCUCUGCUGUAACCUAGCAACCAGCCCUCUACAGUAAGCGACUCCUAGGCACAUGUUUAUCAGGUCCGUCCGUCUUCAGUAGCGGUAUCGGUCCGUCUGUCUUUCCUGUUUUUCUAAAGUAGUCGCUGUCCAGAUGUGUCUCUUCUCUGUCAUGAAGAUUGGACCAAAGCUCACUGAAAUGUGCCUUUCUAGCUAAUACCUUGACUUGUUCGGUUCUUUCGAGAAACUCAGUGUGAAGCUCUCCCUCAUGUUGUCCAGGAGGGGGCACGGGGUGAGGAGUUGUGGUCAGGAGGCAGCUGACGCCCCCCCCCCCCACCCUCACCCUUGGCCCUGUCGUAGAGAACAGCAUCAUGGAUGUGGAGUGUGUAUUCUACCUGCCCCAAUUGCCGCGGCAACCCGAACAAAGUAGGAACCGAAAGGAGGACGGAUGAAAUGAGGGAACUAUACUCAAUGUAAAUAUUGACUGCCACGCCCAGUGCCUGUAAUUAAACAUGGAACCACUUGA